UGAAAAUGCAGCCAGAGCAGUGAUAAACCUGAAGUCAGAUUUUGGUGCAGAAAAUGACCAAACCUUUUAAAAACUGCAGUGCUGCCUGCCCUUAACCCCCCCUGUAAGUGUCUCCACAUGUCAUCUGCCGCCUGUGUGGUUCUCCUUCCAAUACAAAACACAAAAUGAAGAAUACAAUCAGGAAUAAUUGGAAAGGCAGAUGCUGGAUUUCAGAAAAUGUCGAUGUACAAAUACACAGAAUGGAAGAACAAUCUUUACUAAUCAACAUGGAUUGAAUUUUACUUUACUGGAUGCAUCUGACAUUUGAAUUGCUGGCAAACUGCAAAAAUAUAUGAAUGGCAUUUCAUAAAGUAUAAUUCUGAAUUGUGCUACGUUCAGGAAUAAUUCUUAAUUAUAAAAAAAAACUUUAUGAUUGAUAUAACAGCAAAAUAUUAUGUACAUAAUUUAAAAACACAAUAUCUUGCUAUAUAGCUUUUUAAGAAAAUAUUUCAUCACCUUAGGUAAAUAUGAAAAUCAAUAAGUUUGUUAAGCAAGAUAUAUAUUAAUUUUUUUUAAUACGUUAUAAGGUAUGCAAAUAACCAUCAAGGUUGUUGCUUAUAAAUUAAUAAUUCCAAAUAACACAUUAUUUAGGUAUUUUUCAAUAAAAAUAUAAAAGAUAAGAGACUAUAAUCCUGUAUAAAUGUCACCUCCUAUACAAAUGCAACACAAUUUUUUUGAAUAUAUAAUCUAGGUCUAUAAAAAUAUGUAUAACUGACUAUUCUCCCAAUGGACCAUGGCUCUAAACUUAACGGAACACUAUAUUUUUCUAUUUAUUACCACUUUUAUGUUCUUACUCAUUGAUAAAUCUGAUAGCAAUUCAUCUGACUGGUUGCUGCUGACAAAUAAUGUUGCUCAAUAUCACAAAUUAUAUGAAUUUACAUCUGUCACCAAACCAAAGAGUGGCCUUUUACAUCCAAAUUUGUACUUCGAUGCUACAGAUGUUCACGAAUUAAGGCAAAAAUCUCAUACUAGUCACAUACAUUUAUUUAGGACAAUUAGAAAUGCUGUAAUGAAGAUGCUCUCUAAUCCAUCAUACUAUUUGCCUCCACCAAAGCAUGCUGAUUUUACGGCAAAAUGGAAUGAAAUUUAUGGAAAUAAUCUUCCUCCUUUGGCACUGUAUUGCCUGCUUUCUCCAGAUGAUAAAACAGCAUUUGCUUUUGCACUUGAGUAUAUGGACAGAAUGGCAAAUUACAAAGACUGGUUGGUCCAGACUGCUCCUGGGGAUGAAGUACCUCUUGGGCAUUCAUUAACUGGCUUUGCCACAGCCUUUGACUUUCUGUAUAGUUCACUUGAUAAUAAUAAAAGGCAGCGAUAUUUAGAAAAGAUUCAAAAUGCCAGUGAAGAAAUGUAUGAAUAUUCUAAAGUUCGCUCAUGGGGGAAACAGUUUCUUCACAACCACCAAGCUACUAAUAUGCUAGCACUGCUUAUGGGAGCUUUGGUUGUACAAGGUUAUGGAGAAGCCCAGGCUAAUCUUUGGAAACAAACUGUGGUUGAUGUAAUGGAAAAGACAAUGUUUCUUCUCAAUCAUGUUGUUGAUGGCUCUUUGGAUGAAGGUGUUGCUUAUGGAAGUUAUACUUCUAAGUCUAUUACUCAGUAUGUUUUUUUAGCACAUCGACAUUUUGGUAUCAAUCACUUUGAGAACACUUGGUUAAAAAUGCACUUCUACUUUUAUUAUUCUACCCUGCUGCCAGGUUUUCAGAGAACUGUUGGAAUAGCAGAUUCAAAUUAUAACUGGUUUUAUGGUCCUGAAAGCCAGUUGGUGUUUCUGGACACAUUUAUUCUAAAGAAUGGUCUUGGGAAUUGGCUAGCCUAUCAGAUUCGAAAACACAGACCUAAAGAUGGACCUAUGGUACCAUCCACAGCACAGAGGUGGAGCACCCUUCAUACAGAAUAUCUAUGGUACAAUGCUGAUCUUUCUUUGCAUCCUCCUACUGAUCAAGGCACUGCAAAAAUGCACUUGUUUCCAAACUGGGGUGUGGUAACUUAUGGAGCUGGAUUACCAAAUACUCAAACUAAUACAUUUUUCUCUUUUAAAUCUGGAAAGCUUGGUGGUCGUGCAGUUUACGAUAUUGUUCAUUUUCAACCAUACUCUUGGGUGGAUGGAUGGAGAAGUUUCAAUCCAGGACAUGAGCAUCCAGAUCAAAACUCCUUUACAUUUGCUCCCAAUGGACAAGUUUUUGUCUCUGAAGCGUUAUAUGGACCAAAAAUGAGUUAUUUAAAUAAUGUACUAGUUUUUGCUCCAUCACCUACAAGUCAGUGUAAUAAACCUUGGGAAGGACAAUUGGGAGAAUGCUCACAGUGGCUUAAAUGGACUACAGAAGAAUAUGGUGAUGCAUCUGGUGAGAUUAUAUCAGCCAAUCAGCAUGAAGAAAUGAUAUUUGUAAGUGGUGAAGCAGUUUCUGCUUAUUCGUCUUCCAUGAGAUUAAAGAGUGUUUACCGUGGUUUACUGCUUUUAAAUCACCAGACUCUUCUGGUAAUUGAUCAUAUAGAAAAGUAUCAAGAUUCCCCAAUAUCACUAGCCAGUGCCUUUUUCCACAAUCUGGAUAUUGAUUUUAAAUAUGUUGCUUUCAGAUUUUUAAACAAAUACAAUGGUGCCAUGAUGGAUAUCUGGGAUGCUCACUACAAAAUGUUUUGGUUAGACCAAAAUGGUAAUAGCCCCUCUGCCAGGAUACAAGAAGCAGAGCAGGCUGCUGAGUUUAAGAAACGCUGGACACAAUUUGUAAAUGUAACCUUUCCAUUAAAUGACAAAAUUUCAAGAAUUGCAUACUUGUUCUUUGGGCCAUAUGUUAAUGUAUCCGAUCUAAAAUUUCUAGAUGAUAGCAAAUAUGGGGUUAAGAUGUCCAUUAAGAUUAACAAUACUGAAAAUAUUGUGUCGGUAGUAACUGAAUAUAAUGAUUUAGAGGCUCGAUUUAGCUUUCUUGGAUUUGGUGGAUUUGCAAAAGUUGAGAAUCAUGAGAAAAUAGUACGGUUUGGCUUAGGAGUUGAUCAUAUAAGAAAACAUGAAUCUGUUGGUUUAAAUAUAUUUCACUUUGGCUUUAAAGUAAAUGUAAUGAUUGGACUGACAUUGUGCAUAGGUUUGGUAAUUUUAGCAUUUAACUGGAGGUUUUAUAUUUCCUUUAGUAAGCUGAUGCGUUGGAUCCUAGUAUUGAUUAUUACAGUUUAUUUUUUUGAAUUAUUAGAUGUAUGGAGUACAUGUACGCAACCCAUUUGUGCUAAGUGGAACAGUGAAAUUGCAGACACUGAAAAUAAAUAUGAAAGGCAAUCUAUAGAUCUGCCAGUUGUAAUUAUCACUUCUCUUCCCAGUUCAGGAGCUGAGAUUUUGAAACAGCUUUUUUUCAACAGCUCGGAUUUCAUAUACAUUAGAGUCCCCACUGCUUACAUUGAUAUUCCAGAUGGAGAGUUUAAGGUUGAUUCAUUUGUCGAUGCAUGCGAAUGGAGUAGUUCUGAUGUUCAGGAAGGACGUUUUAAACUAAUCCAAGGUUGGCUGCAGUCACUACUUCAGAAUACAAAAAUUCAUUUGCAAAACAUUGAUUUGCAUGAGCCUAGCAAGCCAAAAAAUUUUCAUCACAGUAUCAUCACUAAGGAUAAAAAAAGAAGGUUCAAAAGAAGGGAUCCAUUUCCAGAACAAAAAAAUAGAAUCAAAGGUAGCUAUGACAGAGAUGCGGAGUACAUUAGACACCUUAAAAAACAAUUAAUGACGUUUCCAAAUGCUCAGCCUGUACUUGGUUUAAGUAGUGGAAGCUGGACAUUAAAAGUUCCUUUUAUUCAAAAUAUUAUUGGACCUUCAUUGAGAGCACUAUUCGUUGUUCGAGACCCUCGUUCAUGGAUUUAUACAUUGCUGUACAAAAGUAGGCCUAAUCUAUUCUCUUUGAGGAAUAUCCCUCAGCGUUUAUAUGAAAUAUUCAAAGAAGAAGAAAAACAAAAAUGUAAGUCUAAAGCAGGCUACGCAUUUGAAUAUGAAUCAUUAGAAGAUGAAGUCUUUGAUUCAGAAUCAAACCCCCUUUCAAAACUGUCCCACUUGUGGUUAUCAAACACAGCUGCAGCAAGGAGGAUAAACAGAAAUUUGCCUGCUAUAAAUUAUCUCUUGGUUAGAUUUGAAGACAUUAUAAACUCACCACAGAAAACAGCAGAACAAAUCUAUACAUUUUUUGGAAUACCCGUUUCUCCUGCAAGUUUAAACCAAAUACUUUUUGCCAGUACCACAAACUUAUUUUACCUUCCACAAGAAGGAGAGAUUUCACCAUCAAGUUUAAAUACUUGGAAACUUAAUAUGCCUAAGGAAGAUAUUACAUUAAUUGAGAAUAUAUGUUGGACACAAAUGCAACAGCUUGGAUAUACAAAGUUUAUUGAAUAAGGUAUUGGCUGCAAAUGUUCAAAAUCCACUGAAGUGAUAACGCAACCAAAAUCUCUUAUUAAAUGGAUUUUCUGAGAAUAAUCCCGUAAAUGCUGCAGGUCAGCAGUCAAUUGCACUAACAACCCCGAUAUCCUUGAUGGAAUACAAUCGCUAUAAAAACAGAUUUUUUUUUAUUCUUAUAUAAUGUAUGUAAAAUUUUCAAAAAUAUUUUCCUUUCAUUUAAUUUUUUAAGGACUGUACUGUAAUUUAAUAAAAACUACAGUUUAAACUGUUGCUUAAAUAGGUCACGUGUAUGUUAUAUUUGUUUUGAUACAUAGGUGUCUUAAGCUGUUAGUAUCAUUGUUAAAUAUUUGUUUAAUUUGGUUUAUAUUUAUUAUAGCUGUGUUCAAAUUAUCUAUAUUACUCUGAAAUAUAAAAGUUAAUACUAUAAUCAAUACUACUAGUGCCAAGUUAACAAUAUAAGUUUGAAGCACUUGGUUUGUAAACUUUGGUUGCAUAUUAGAAAUUAAUAACUGCAUGCCCUAUAGUAUACUAUUGGAUAGUCUAAUAUCUACAGUAUAAAAUAAAUAUGUUGCAAAAUAAGGGCUGAUUCAGAAAGUUUUGGUAUAUCACCAAGUGGUAAUGAUGCUUUGCAUUCUAUAAAAAAUAUGCAUUUACUGUACAUCAAACAAUAUUUUUCAAUUUACAGAAUUCUCAAAAUCGGUAAUACAUUUUUUAUUGGCAUGAAACGUUUUGGAAGGAUGUUAUCUGCCCCUCUGCCCCUGAACAUUAACACCUCAUGGAACAGAAAGGUGUUCAUAUGCUUAAAGUAGUCAAACAUAUUCUAGAAAACUGAGACCAAUCUGGAUUAAUAAAUUAGUGAAAUCGUUAAAAAGUUUUCUAGCAGUCCAGAAAGUUAAUAAACAUGUUCAAAUUUGAUGUGCUGGUAAUCCUUUAAAAUUCCCCAAUUUCACAGUUUGGUAAAUGAGCCCAAAGUAUUUUAAAAUAAACGUUGCUUAUAAAAGAAGUCUUAUCGCAGAUCUCUAUAAAAAGAGGCCAAUUUAUUAAAAUAGAUUGAGAAAAUUGUUUGUGACCAUUUCCAUUGACUUCUAUAGAAACUCGGCUGUUUUUACUUGCCAUUACAUUUUUCAUGGUAUUUUUCUUUGAUAAAUAGUGACUAUUCGAGGUUUUAAAGAACAUUCUUGUUUUUUUCCCCUCUAAUUGAGAACAAAACACAAGCUUGAGAUAAAUCUGCCCCUUGGUGUUAAGGUGAAGUCUUCUCAUUUUUUAUUUUUGCACUUAUUUUAAAUAGAAUGCUAUGUUAUACUAUAUAUAGAACACCUUUGAUGAUUUGUCUGUUAAUUUUUUAAUCUGGAUGUCAAACUGAGAGAAUUAUUUCUACUAUGUUCAACUAUGUAUUUCAAGCACAUGACCAAUUCAAAUGUUGGGUCUUUUAGAUGGAGCUUAGCGUAAAUGUGUAUGUUUUUUUGUCUGCUUUUUUGUUUUCCAGUUGAACAAUAAAAACUGGAAUUAUGAGAAUUAUAAA